AUGGCAACUCAACCCACCAAGGGGAAGGGGGCAUGGGAGGGCAAUGAGAAGGAGGAGUCCGUUUGGGAGGAGGCUUCGAGGACGGUGCGGAAGAGGGAGAAGGAAGAACUUGAGAGGAGGAGGUGGGAGGAGAUAGCUAAGAAGAAGGAGGAAGAUGACCGUAUGCAAAGGGGGUAUGAGGAAUACCUAUUGCGCCACAAGAGGAGGAAUGAGAAGCUCAAGGCUGAACGGGACCGUCUAUGGAGGGAAAAAUUCCAGAGGAACAUGCAACUUGCUCAACUAGCGAGGGAGAGGGCCAAUAGGAUGCACCUAGAGGAGGUGGCUAAGGAGGCCGAGCGCAUCAAGGAGGAAAGAGCUCAAGCGGAAGCUUCAAAGACGGAGGAGCACCACCAUUUCUUCGACUCGCUAGGAGCCGCCACCAUAUGCGAGAGCGCGCCGCCCGCGGCGACCUCCUCCGCCGUGGCCUGCCCAACCGCAACGGCGUCGCGAACCACUGUACUGCCUUCCUUCACUGAUGCUGAUGGUCGCGUCCUGCCCUGCAUCGCUCUCAAGGAGGCCACAUGCCAGCCACUUUCGGGCUUCUUCGACCCCGUCACCGGGAGGGUGCUGCCAUGUGUGGCUUUAAUGGAGGCGCCAGAGGGCAGCCUCAGCUUGAUGGUAGAGCAGGCUCCGCGUGCUUCAUCCUCAGAUCCCCAAUUGGUAAGCUCAGCCCCGCUCCUUUCCUCUCCCGUGCUUGUGCAGGAUCUUCUCCUCGCCGCGCCUGUUGCAAAUCCCUCAAAUCGAGAUGCUGAAGAUAACGCAGCGUUGCCGACGCUGCUCCGCAGGCCACGCCUGCAGUCAAUGGUCGUCGUGUCUGGGCAGAUCUGCUUCUCCCAGACUGCGGAUGCUGCUCCGCAUGGCCAUGGCUUGGCUGCUGAUUCGCCGAAGCCUGUACAAGAUCAAGCUCCGCCUGUGCAGGAUCAAGGGGCUCAGUGGGAAGUGGCGGGCUCGCGGCGAUGGCACAGGCAUCAGAGGCAGGCCAUUCAAGCGGGCUGCCAACUCCCUGCCCGCCCACAUCGCCGCAAUAUCCCCCUCGGAGCGACGCCUUCAAGGCCAAAUUUGCUGGUCUCUGCUUCAAAUGUCUCUCCCCUCACCACUGUGUCUUCCAAUGUCGUGAUCCAAUCAAGUGCUGCUUUUGCAAGGCCAGCGGUCAGAAACUGCGAGCAAAAGAAGGUGAAGCCCCCUGUCCCCACCCCUCCUCCUACCUCGCCGGAGUCCCCAAGCUCUGCACCACCACCUCCUGUGUCGGCGUGGGUACAACCCCCGGGCCCUCAAGCCUCUCCGUCCCCGGCUGACCCGGCGUGGCCACAACUGCUGGGCGUGACGGCAAUGGCCCUUCAGCCUGGUGACGCCUCGAGGAGACCGGAUAACGAACACUAA